UGCUCCGCCGCGCGGUGCUGACGCGCCCGGGCUGCUGCCGCCGGUCGGUUCCCUCGGCAACGCCUCCGGCCGUUCCCUGAGCAACGCUGGGCGGUGCCGGUAGCCGCGGUUAUGGACCAGGGGGCCGGCGCCGGGCAGCAGCGGGCUCGCGGCCGCCUCGGCGCGCCGUCCUCAGGGACGCGGGCCCCGGGGACGCCCUGGGCACGCUUCUCGGCCUGGCUGGAGUGCGUGUGCGUGGUCACCUUCGACCUGGAGCUGGGCCAGGCACUGGAGCUGGUGUACCCCAGCGACUUCCAGCUCACAGACAAGGAGAAAAGCAGCAUCUGCUACCUGUCCUUUCCCGACUCCCACUCAGGCUGCCUCGGGGACACGCAGUUCAGCUUUCGCAUCCGUCAGUGUGGAGGGCAGAGGCGCCCCGGGCACGUGGGUGAGAAGUGCGGCGACAGUUGGGCUCCCGCGUCUCUGCAGAGGGAGCCCGCACACUUCUUUGGCUACGUGUACUUCAGGCAAGUGAAGGACAGUUCCAUGAAGCGGGGCUACUUCCAGAAGUCGCUGGUGCUGCUGUCCCGCCUGCCCUUCGUCCGGCUGUUCCAGGCACUGCUGGGCCUGGUGGCCCCCGAGUUCUUCGACAAGCUGGCGCCCUGCCUGGAAGCAGUCUGCAACGAGAUCGACCAGUGGCCGGCGCCUGCGCCGGGGCAGACCCUGAACCUGCCCAUCAUGGGAGUCGUCCUCCAGGUGCACAUCCCACUGAGAGCAGACACGCCUGAGCCCGGGCCUCCGAAACAGAGCAGCCACGAGACCCUGCUGCCAGCCCCGGUGGUCCUCCCCAGCGUCCACGAGCUUGACCUGUUCAGGUGCUUCCGGCCCGUGCUGGCCCACGUGCAGCUGCUGUGGGAGCUGAUGCUCCUCGGGGAGCCCCUGCUGGUCCUGGCGCCCUCGCCCGCUGUGUCCUCAGAGAUGGUCCUGGCAUUGACCAGCUGCCUGCAGCCCCUCAAGUUCUGCUGUGAUUACCGCCCCUACUUCACCAUCCAUGACAGCGAGUUCAAGGAGUUCACCACGCGCACGCAAGCCCCACCAAACGUGGUCCUGGGAGUCACAAACCCUUUCUUUAUCAAAACACUCCAGCAUUGGCCCCACAUUCUCCGAGUCGGGGAGCCCAAGAUGUCAGGGGACCUUCCCAAGCAGGUCAAACUGAAAAAGCCCUCGAAGCUGAAGACCCUGGACACCAAGCCAGGCCUCUACACCGCGUACACGGCCCACCUCCACCGAGACAAGGCCCUGCUCAGACGGCUGCUGAAGGGCCUGCAGAAGAAGCGGCCGUCUGACGUGCAGACGGCGGUGCUGAGGCGGCACCUCCUGGAGCUCACCCAGAGCUUUAUCGUCCCUUUGGUGAGGCCAGCACGGGGUGGGGGGCGGGGGGUGGGGGCGGGCUCUGGCCCGGACUCACUGCCCUCCCACCCCCAGGAGCACUACAUGGCCAGCCUCAUGCCGCUGCAGAAGGGCAUCGUGCCCUGGAAGACUCCUCCCCAGAUCCGCCCCUUCCGCCAGGAUGACUUCCUACACAGCCUGGAGCGCGCGGGGCCCCAGCUCACCUGUGUCCUCAAGGGUGACUGGCUGGGCCUCUACAGGCGGUUUUUCAAGUCCCCCCAUUUUGACGGGUGGUACCGGCAGCGUCACAGGGAGAUGACCCAGAAGCUGGAGGCCCUUCACCUCGAGGCCAUCUGUGAGGCGGUGAGGGGGGGCUGGGGUGGGGGGUCUUGGAGGGGAGGCCAUGGCCAGAACUGGGGGGACCUUGGAGACAGACAGCCUGUCGUCCGCACAGAACAUCGAGAUCUGGAUGAAGGACAAGUCCGAGGUGGAGGUCGUGGAUCUGAUCCUGAAACUUCAGGAGAGACUGGUUCGGGCACAGGGCCACCAGCUGCCCGUGAAGGAGGCAACACUGACGCGGGCACGGCUGUACAUCGACACGGCCAUCGGCUCCCUGCCCAAGGACCUGCAGGCCGUCCUGUGCCCUCCCUAGGACGGUGCCCGUGGGCCGUGGCCAGGGUGUGGCCGAGCUGCUGCCCUCCCCCGCCCUCCCCGACAAGCUCCCUGCUGCCCGCCACCUGGCACCGCUGUCAUCCAGCAGUAAAGAUGGCAUCUGGAACCGCAGCCUGGACCCUGACUGUUGGCGGCUCCUGUGCUCACCCCACCCUGGGCCCCACCUGCCCGCUCUGAGGUCUUAGGCGAGUGGGGUGGCGGCACGCUGUGAGCCCUGGCUGAUCUGAUCUGGGCCAAGGCCACCCACCCCCUCCAGACGCCCAUCUGCCCGCACCCUGCAGGCCUGGGCAUUGCCUUUGAUGCGCCCCUUAGACCCACCAGGACGCCGGCUCAGGACAGGAGACAGAAGGAGGUGGCUGCCGGGCAGACGCCUCCCUCACACAGGCGCCCCCCCCCCACCUUCUUGCCUGGAGGGGAAUCUCGCCUCCAGUCCUCGCCUGGGGGGGGAGGAGCCGCUUCGCCCGGAGGAGUGCUGCCCUGUGGGUUCCACUCGAGGGACACCCUGCUGGGCACCCCUCCGGCGCUCGGCCCUGCCCACCCCAGGCUCACAGGCGCUCCAGUGGCCCCCCGUGUGUCCAUCGGCCCCCGCAGGCAAAAGAGGGUCUUGAACUCUAGCUAGACCUGGCCCCUGCAGCUAGAGCCCUCCCCAGCCUCCAGAGUUUCAGGGCCCCAGGCUCCUUGACAAGGAGUGAAAGGCACCCCGAAGUCCCACGCCCCCGUGGGACACGGUGGAGCACUGGACCCAGGCCCGACCAGUGCUGUCAGCUGCGCCCAGAGGGAAGCUUGGUCAGCCGGGGCAGGCAGGGGCGGGGCGAGGCCUGGACCCAGAGUCCCAGGCCUUCGGGAGGACCCAGACUCCCAGCAAAGCAGCCCGAGGCUGCACGGGAGAGGCUCCCUGAGGGAGAGGCUCCCUGAGGGCCAUGGGGUGCGGCCCAGCGGGGGGGUUGGGCGCGGGGGGCUCCUGUCUCCUCUGGAGCACCCGCCCCCAGGGCUGGGCUGCACCACUGCUCCCCAGCAGGGGAGAGGGUGGCGCCCCCAGAUGGCAGAGGCACUGGUCUCAGAACCGCUGAUGUCCGCUUGUUCCCCCUGAGCACCACCUCUGGCAGCCUGGCGUGUGGCUGCAGGUGGAAGAGAGUGAGGCCUUCAAGAGAGGGGGACCUCGUGGAUGCAAUGCCCCUGCAGCCCGCCGGCUCUGGGCCAGGGCGGCCAGGCUCGGGGUGCGCCCCGCCAUCACUGCGGCACGUUGCCCAGUCUCCUCCCUCUGUUUUCGGAAGGUGAUGGCAUGUGCUGGAGGGCAGCCUCAACCAUGGUCCUCCCAGGGCUGGGCUGCGAGGGCGCGCCGGGGUAUCCUUGACCCCCCAGACUUCUGCCUCCAGCAGUCCCGGCAGGCACCACCAGAUGCCCCUGGAUGCCGGCGCCCUUCCUCCGGCACCACUUGAUUCCGCGCCACGGCCCCUCAGCAGCUUGUCCCCCUGGUGGGGGGUGCGGGGGAGGGCUGCCUGGCAGGGUGGGCAUCACUGCCCAGGGCGGGCUCCAACGCUGACGGCCUCUGGGCAGAGCACAGCCUGGCAUGGGGUCCUGCCAGCUCCAUCCUCCCCCCCGGAAGCUCCCUGGUUCUCUCAGGAUCAGGUCAGCUCUGGCUGGGCUGAGCCUCUGUCCCUCCCCAGGGCCAGGGACGGACGGUGAGGAGGGAGGAAAGGUCAGCAGGGUCAAAAGAGGCCAACGCACCACCGACCAGGGCCCUGUGCACAGCCAGGCCUGGAGGGCAGGAAGCAGUGGUCCACGGGGGCUCCGCGGUCAGCCAGUGUGGGAGGCCAUCUGCUUCAGGAGGUUGUGUGUGGGUCUGGAGUGGUGGCCAGGGAUGGGCGUGGGACGACAGUGGGCUGAUCCAGGGACAGGAAGGACAGUCUUCACCCCCAAGCUUCCUGCAGGCUAUUUAAAGCCUCCCUUUUAGUCUGGGAUGGGGGCCUUCCCACAUCUUUGGUAUUAAAGUGUCUGUCUGUGAUACAA